AUUAGUAGGUAUACAAUUAGAAGUUUAGUAUACAAAUUCAUAAUUAUUGUGUUGAUAAUUUACCAACUAAUAAACAAAAUACUAUUAGUCUUUGUAAUCUUUUACUAUUCUAAUUAUACGUUGUGAUUAUAAAUGAAGACACAAUCUUAUACAUUGUACAUAAAAAAUAAUAUAUUUAAACAAUAAUUUAUUAUUAUUGAAACAAUGGCAAACUCUAUUUUGGCGAAGUUUUCAUCAAUACGUUUACUGCCUUCUGUUACAUAUUUGCAAUGUAAACGCACAACAACAUCUAAACAUUGGAAUCCCAAAUUUAAAAAACUUCGUAAAGAGAAAUACUUUAAAAUAGAUUUACCAGACUUUAAUGAGGAUCCAAGUAAAAUACCAGAAGAAAAAGUACGCCAAAAAAUGAAAGAGCGUGGAGUGCUACCCCCACGACCAUGGAUGGAGCGCCCAUUCUACAUAUCAGCCACAGGAGGAGUGUUUGAGGCUUAUGUGCCACCCGAGGGGGAUGGGAAAGCUUCCCUCGUAUCGACAGCUAGAGCGAAGCAGGCUGUACAGUUACUAGAAAAGAAAUCAAAGUCUAUGAUGGCUAUACGAAAAAUUAAAUCAUUUGAAGAAGACUUUGAUACAAAAGAAUUUGGCAACAUUGCAAAGGAUAUUUAUAUAAAGGCUCAUGAGUGCUUGACAACUAGAGACAAUCGUGCUCUCAGGACUUUUGUGACAGAAAAGGCGUAUCAGGAGUUCUUGCAUAACACACAUGGAAAGACAAUACGAUGGAAGUUCCUGGAGUCAUUAGAACCACCUAGAAUUGUACAUGCCAGGUUUACAGAUGUAAUUAGCAAAGAGAAUAUAUUUGGUCAGGUCACAGUGAGGUUCCACUCGCGCCAGCAGCUGGCCGUGUACUCGCGGUUCGGACGGCUCGUUCAUGGCAGCGAGAUCCUUGCCAAGGAUGUGCUGGAGUAUGUGGUCUUCGAGAAGCACCUCUCCAACCUUUACGGCACAUGGCGCGUUCACGACAAGAUAGUGCCCGAGUGGGCGCCUCCCCGCGACCCCUCGCGCCUCACCACGCGCCGACCGGACCCUAGCGACGACGAAGACGUGACCGCUGACGUUACCGCAACCCCGCCCGCUAGCGUGAAACCCGAACUAGCCAAUCAGUAAAGUAGGAAAUAAAUUGUUAGAAGUG